UCCACUUUGUUCAUCCGUAAAUGUUAUAAAGAUCUGUAUAAAAUGAUUUCUAAGAAUAACCAUGUCCGUCGUUGGCGUAUUACCGGCAAUCCGGGAAUUGGAAAAACCUUCUUCGGUUUUUACCUACUUUAUUUCCUUGCAAAACAACGUAAAACAGUUGUAUAUCACAAACUCAAAAAGCCUCCAAUGCUCUUCAGCGAAAAUGGUGUUUUUAGUUACCCCGAAGAUAAUAUUCACGCGUUAAAAAGAUACUUGGCAAAUGAAGAAGUUUGGUAUAUCGUGGACGGUAGGGAACCGAUGGAAUAUGUCGCCAAGACAAUUCUUAUCUGUUCGCCUCAGAAGAGUCAUUAUAGUCAAUUUGAUAAGCUUGGAGUAACUAUUCGGUACAUGCCGGUAUGGUCUUGGGCAGAGAUUGAUCUAUGUAGGGGUAUACUUUUCCGUAAUCUUACUCAAGAACAUGUUCGGGAAUUAUACAAUAAAUGGGGCGGAAUUCCUCGAUAUACCUUAUUUUAUGCUCUUAAUGAUGGUCAGCAAGCUUUUCUUCAAAUGGCGAUUAACUCAGUUAAUGAUAAAAUAUUAAAUUUUAUUGGUGAAACGACAGAUGACAAUAAUUCUAGUCACAAAAUCGUCCAUAUCCGCACGAAUGUAGAAGAAAAUGAAGAAGAGGAAGAAGGAGAGGAAGAAGAAGGAGAGGAAGUAGAAGAAGAGGAAGAAGUAGUUGGAGAAAUUACAAGGAAUCAAUUGCAGAAUUUCGUGGAAGCUAGCUCGUCACUAAAUGAUUACGCUACACUUCGGGGUACUAUAUCUGAGCGGAUCGCUCACAGAAAGUUACUAGAAGGAGGAUCAUUUAGGACUCGUCCUUUAUUUGCAACGACUGUCUCUUGUUUCGGGAUGAAUAACUCCAAACUACCAAUACCCAAAUGGGACAAAUUGGUUUUCAGUACAGUUGAUGAGGUUGUUCCUAACAGGUACUGUAUUCCAACUCAAAAGAACAACGCGUCCUUUGAUGCGUUUGUUCUUCCCGACACGUUCUUCCAGAUGACUGUUGCUGAAAGUCAUCCUAUCAUCAAGCAUGGGCUGGAAAAAUAUGUUAAUAAGGCCGAUAAUUCAGAUAUCAAAUUCUAUUUUGUUUUACCGAAGGAAGUGUAUAAUUCCUACCAAGAACAAGCUUUACACACCACAAAGAGAACUGUUCUUAAGAAAGUACCACCUUGGGUUAAUCGUAUCAAACAAUAUGCUCUGGAAAUUGAACUGAAGUUAUAG